AGCCCAAAACCACCACCCCCACUUUCUCAGACACAUUUGAAGCUCACACCCUCCUCUCAUCCCCUGGACAUACACACACAGACUCACAGCUGAGUGGGAGUGGAAUUUAACCGUCUUGUACAGAUUGUGCAGACUUCUGUUUGUGAAUGACUGGCUUGGACUGUGUGUGUGUGUGUGACGGGGGCAUUGAAGUGGGUCAUACAGAACCACUGGAGGAGCCAAAGAUAAACCUACCAGAGGAGAGAUGAUCCAAGCUUCAUGCACACCUCAGCACCCAGCGUGAUGCCUGCGCUGCAGCCGCCUCCAGUUCAAGUACAAAGCAUCUCAAGGAACAAAAGGAUGGGAGGCAAUUGAGGCAGCUUCAGCAUACCAUCGGUUCUUGCAGACUCCAGAGGACCAGGCGUGUGUGGAGAAUGCAGGACCAUGGAGGAGAGAGACAGGUCGCCAGCAGUCUGCCACACGGUGUCAAGGCGAGCCUGUCCCUUUCCCCAACCGGGCCGGGACGGGUAGGCAGUGGCGGGAGCUCCCCCACAUCCAAAAUGGCCCCCUGCACUGGAGGCGUGCCUGUGGAGGACAUGCAAGCCCUGGCCAUCACCUCACUUUCUGCAGCAGAUGUAGCCAAACAGUUCGAGCACAUCCGGGAGCUGGGAAAGGGCACCUAUGGCAAGGUGGACCUGGUAUCUCAUAGAACCCAGGGUACCAAGAUGGCGUUGAAAUUUGUUACCAAAAACAAGACAAAGCUGAAGAGUUUCCUGCGGGAAUUCAGUCUAACAGGUUCGCUUAGCUCCAGCCCGUUCAUCAUCAAAGUCCUGGACGUGCUUUUCGAGACGGAGGACAGCUAUGUAUUUGGACAAGAGUAUGCCCCCGCUGGGGACCUUUUCGACAUCAUUCCCCCACAGGUGGGCCUUCCAGAGGAAAUGGUGAAACGCUGCAUGCAACAACUUGGCUUGGCUCUGGAUUUCAUGCACAGUAAAAACUUGGUGCACCGUGACGUCAAACCAGAAAACGUGCUGCUGUUCGACCGCGAGUGUCGCCGCAUUAAGCUGGCCGACUUCGGUAUGACCCGCCGAGUGGGCUCCCGCGUAAAAAGGGUGAGCGGCACCAUCCCCUACACAGCCCCCGAGGUGUGUCGCGCCAGUCGCACGGAGGGCUUCCUAGUGACCACCAGCCUGGAUGUGUGGGCGUUUGGCGUGCUGGUCUUCUGCAUGCUCACAGGUAAUUUCCCCUGGGAGGCGGCGCUCCCGGCUGAUGCGUUCUAUGAGGAGUUCCGACGCUGGCAGAAAGCAGGAUGCCCCGUGGGAACGUAUCCGUCACAGUGGCGCCGCUUCACUGAUGACGCCCUACGCAUGUUCCAGAGGCUCCUCGCUGCUGAGCCUGAAAAACGUUGCGGGGUCAAAGAUGUCUUCUGCUUUGUCAAAUACGAGCUUGUGAGCGAGCUCAGGCGCAGAGCGUCCUACCGUGCCAAGAGAGGGGAAAGGUCAAGCUCCGGGGUGUGCACUGGCAACUGUAAUUCAUCAUCUUCAUCAUCUUCCUCCUCACGCACCACCCACAGACAACCGGAGCCUUCCACACCGCCUGGAACCUCCUGCCUUCGCCCAGCACCUCUCAAACGGAGUGUUCUCUCCGACCCGUUGUCACCCAGAGAGGAGUCUGGACAGCACCAGUCUCCAGGCCGAGACAAAAACAAAAGCCAGAUGGUCAUGGCGACCGCCAUUGAGAUCUGCGUGUGACCACACUAAACGGCUUUUCACAGUCAUAGCAAUGCGUGAAGGGACUUCUCUUAAUAAAGAGAAACAGGAAGCUCAGGAUCAGCCAUCCAUCAGCAGGAUGGACAAUGAAAAAAGCAUCUUAGGUCAUGGCCAAAGAAGGAUGAGAGAGAUCUUUGGUUUGUUUCUCCUUGGCAGCACCUUCCUAACAAGUCUUCAAUCAGUCGACAUAACAUUGUGGUGCUAAGAUCACAUAGUAAGAUACCACACGAUAAUGACAUCUCCUCACUUGCCACUUUAUAGCAUUUUGGAGUCUCAGAUAAUCUCAGAGGAGGCUUCAGUUCAUAAGGAGGCCAGUGAUCUGAGAGCAAACAUGUGACUCCAACAUCCAGUGCAUUACCAUCGAAAAGACCGCCAUGUAGCAGACUAAGAUACUCACCUCAGGACCCUUCAGUGGAUCACUUCUGUUUUAUUACUAAUCCAUUCUGGUAAAUCUAUGGUCUGUUGGACUGCAGGGAUCCAUUAACAGGGACUGUUCUUUGUAUCAGUGCAGAAGUGGUGAACAAUACAAAAGGAGAUGGAAUAUCUUCAUAUUUUUCCCCUUUUCUACUCGUGAGUGUGUGAGUUUCCAACACUAAAAAGCACAAGCCGUUUCUAAAAAGGAGGACGAAGCGUACUCCAUAUUGUAGAUACAUUUGGUAUUUAAAAAGUGCUCUGUACUAUCAGGUAGUUCAACGAUGUAGCUGUACGUUUUUUUUCUAAAAUCAGGGGUUUAGGUCACUUGUCAGGUCAAUGCAUUGUAUGUAGCAACUAAACUUGAUAUGGCAGAAUGUACAGUGUAGAGAUAAUUACAGACUAUGAUGAUGUUUAAACACUAUAGCUGCUACUUUUCUUCAACUUUGCUCGGUUUAAAUGAAAUUAUUGGUCUUGGUGUGACACGAUUGGCUGUGCUGGAAUUAAUCAUUGCUUUGCAGAACACUUUGACAUAGUACGGAAAUGUCGGCGUUUAUAUCAUAAUGACUGCAAUUUCUGGGCCUAUUGAUCAUUACCGUACCACAUUUUGACCCACUUCUGUUAGGGGUUGGGUACCAAGCGAGUGGUGCCACUUUUGUGCAACAUCUGGAAUAGGAAAAGCUCAAAAGAUGUCUGUUUUCAAACGAAGAAUCAUUUUAAAGUGUACCAGUUUUUGGUUACGGUACCUGAAGGUCAAAGUCAUGACCUUUAAUUCUAAUUUAAGUCUUUAAUUUUAAUUAAUUACCAACUAUCACCUUGAUGGGACAUCCAAAAUGGAAAAGAAAAGAAAACAAUGUACCAAAUUACCUGAUAUGUAAUUUGCCAAUUUAGGUCUGCACGUUGACUGGUGGGCAGAAUUGCCAUUUUUGUACAACAUGAAGUCUGGAAUGAAAAUAACACAAAAACAUGCCAAAGCACACCAAAAUACUUGAUCUGUACUGUAGCUAAUUUGAGUAGCUAAAAGGUGGAGAGAGACUCACUGCAACCUGCUGAUGGAUCAACACCGAAUUGUCACUUUUGUGCAACAUCGAAAAUGGAACAGGAAGAAAACACAAUAUGUGUUUUCUUUCGUGUAUGAAAUGGGGUGAUUAAUAAUGUUCUAAUUUGUGGAACCCUUUUGUAGGGUUGCAGAAAAAAAUGCAGAAAUGAUUUUGUGCUACUAUGGAGAAAUUGAUCAUAUCUCUUUAUUUAUCUGUACUGUACAGACUGAACUCAAAACUGAAACCAGCAAACAAAAUGGAGAGCAGACACAAGUACUAUAUUCACAAGUCUCCACUACUAUUGAAAGUCCCGCCCACUAUUUGAGAAGCACUGUCCGGGAUCGGUGAUUGGUCGACAGAACUGCCAUUUUUCUACAACAAACAGAAUGGAAUGGAAGAACACUAAAACACAGGGGCAAGACUGGGUACAGAAUGAACACAAUAUGCCUUUUCUCAAACAAAGAGAAAUGCAAAUGCAACAUUUAGAAAACACAAAGAACAAAGAUGGACAAAGAAAAUACAGUGGAACCUCGGUUAAGGUCUUUUUUGGUUAAAAUUUGGCCUUGGUUUGUGUACAUUUCUUGAUUAGCGUACAAUAUGGCACGCGUCUUGUCAUGUUGUUAAUACACUGCAUUGAAAGUGUGUUCUUAAAGUCUUGGUUAGCAGCUUGCUACUACAUGGAAAUAGGAACUGUGGCCCCCGUGGCCUCUGUGGCCCCCGUGGCCCCAAUGGCCCCCAUGGCCCCCGUCUAUGAUGGCGUCAGCAGUUGACAUGAUUGUCGCUGAAGUUAUUUCUUGAAUUCACAAGUGUUUCUCAUCUUGUCAAAUACUGCAAGUUUCUUUGGCUCCGUUUUGGGUAAUUUUGCAGUCGUGAUCAAAAGAAAAACAGAGGCUUCAGGUAAGAAACAAUAUUAUUCAAGAAAUAGCAAAAUAUGACCUUAGUAGAUCCCGGGUGUUUUUUUUACCUCUGUGUCAACUAUUGUUGUCUGAUCGAGUCUAACCUCACUGGAUUGGAGCUUCAGCCUUGAAACAGUCACGCCUAAUUACAAGAAGCACUGCGUCAAUGCUACAGUGAGAGCUUGUUACCGUCAUUAUUCAUGUUAAAAACAAAAAAUCACGUGUGUGUGUGUGUGUGUGUGUGUGUGUGUAUGCGUGUGUGUAUGUGUGAGAACAGGAGGCUGUUUUCGCCAUCCUCAUUCCCCCUCUCUUCGUUCUUGCCCCGACAGCCCAUCAGCUCUGUUGCCAUAGCGACAGUGCCACACUCCUUCCCUGGUCGGGCUUCUGUCCUCUUCAAGUCUAAUUGCGCCCAAAUUAAAGAACUUGCCACAAUAGGCUCCCUUUCACUGUCACGCUACGCCUUUUAUCACAAUUGCUCAACUUAUUUCAGUGGACAAGAUGGUUGGAAAUGAAGGUAGUAGUAUUUAGUAGUAGAAUACACACAAAUGGAGGGCUGAUGAUUGGACUCUGAAGCUUGUUGUUUUUUUACUUAUAAUAAUGAACCCACUACAGUUAUUUCUAAAAAGUACCACCCCAAAAGCAUUGUACUAUUUGAAUAAAUAAUGGCCUCCUCUCAGAUAAAUGCCUACUUCACAUAAAAUGCUGGUACUCUCUGCUGUUGAGUAGCAACACACAUUAUUCCACGACGCAAUACAACCACAAAAGCUUAGAUAAGAAUGAAUCUACAAAAGUAACCUUGGAGUAUACCACUGUAUUUGUAGAAAUUAGCAAGUAAAUGCCUCUUUCCAAUAAAUUCCUAGUGUGCCCUACCGACAAGUGAUCUACUGCUUCCUCUCAAAUAGACGCCUCCUUCAAUCGGGACUUGAAUUGUUGACUUACAUAUGCUCAUCACCCACAAGUACUUGCUACGCUAUUGUUACAGCAUCCUUUACACCUUUAUUUUCCAAUUCCGAUGCUUCCCCAGGAUGAUGGGCAAGUCAUUAGCCUGUAUGUCCAUGUGGUUAUGUGUGCUAAUCUGCAUAGGAGAAAAGGUCAGGAUUAGACGAUCUGAAGUCAGUGUCAACACUACAUUAUAUAAGAAAAGCUAAUCCUGUAUAGCGGCAUCUUGACUUGACAUGAUGCAACAUAAUUACAUAUGAUUCACAGCGUUGGAACCAUGGACUGUUGACAUGAAGACAAGGAUUUAGCCAGCAAGAGUUGUUGUAGAACCUUGUAAAUAAUCUGUCUUUAAUAAUCUGUCUUUAAUAAUAAUAAAAAAAGAUGUUAAUAUAUGUUGAAAUAAAAUAUAAUGAU